GACUCCAACAAGCAGUUCCAGAAUGUUGGCUUCGCUUCUACUGGGAGUUCUUUGCUUGGGUCUGCAUCAAGGUACAAGGGGAGAUUAUAGUUGCUCGGGAACCGCACUUACAGCGGGCGAAAGGAUUUUAAUGGUGGAGCUUCAUAAUAUGAGAAGAAGGGAAGUUGCCAGCGGUAUUGUAAAUAAUGGAAUUAGCGGAACGAAGCUAUUGCAAGCGAGAAACAUGAGAAAAAUUGACUACGAUUGUGCUUUGGAGACAGAUGCUCAAACCGUGGCUGAUUCGUGCACACUCACACAAACUCCUGAGGAUAAGCGUCCAUCAUAUGGUGAGAAUAUAGCCGUGAUUGAACCCAGCGGUGCUACAUAUACUAACGGACAACUCUUGGCCAAUGCAGCCGAUCAGUGGUUCACGGAAAUUCUUAGAAAUGGAAUGAAUAAAGAAACACAUUUUAUUCCUUAUUUUAGAGACAAGCCUAUCUCACCCUUAAGAUGGACGCAGAUGGUGUGGGCAAAGUCAAACAAGAUCGGCUGUGGUGUGAAGAACUGCUUUGGCACUUUCUAUUUUGUUGUAUGUCGUUACUCGCCAAAAGGUAACGUUCUUUACGACCAUGUUUAUACUACGGGAACACCGUGUACUCAAUGUGAGAGCGGAUGCUCAUCGGAUGGUAUACUCUGCAAUUAGAUACAGCAAUGCUUUG